AACCGCACAUAACUCCGUAAAUGAUAAAAAUUAACAAGUACUCGUAGGAGCUUUAAACUAAGUCUAGGGUAAGAACUACCAUAGCUAUUAAGCUUGAACAACAUCAAAUUAAUGGAGAAGAAGUUUGCUAGAGUCCGUCAACAUACCACGAACUACUGUCCAUUGGGGGUCUUUCCUCCAUUGAACCAAGGUACACAAACAGAAUAGUGACUGAACCGGAGGACAAUGCUAAGGCGAUGGAAGGAUGGAUGAGAUGACAUAAACAAAGAUAAUAACAAUAAAGAUGUUAUUUGAAAUAUAUAUUUUGUACGAAUAUGUUAAGCUUCCGCAUGUAUAAUAGUUACUCUGAUAUUAUCAAUAAAUAAAUAAGUUUUGUUUAAUGCUCCAUUUUCCGAUUCAAAAAGCAUGGUUGAAACUUUCAAAAAAAAGAGCAUGGUUGAAUUUCUAAUCCUAUAAUUUUAUUUUAUUUUUAUUUUUUUAAAGUGUCCAUCUUCCAACAAAGUAGAGAAAUAUAGGUACUCCUCCUUCAUUCCUCAAAGUGGAAAACAGAGAAAGAGAAGCAAAAGAAGUGAGAGAAAAAAGAAAAUGGAAGAGUCAAAAACAGAGCACAUUGUGAUGGUUCCAUUCAUGGCGCAUGGCCAUAUGAUUCCAUUCAUGGGCUUGGCAAAGAGAAUCCAACAAAGAACCCGUUUCAGAGUCACCCUCGUCACCACCCCUCUCAACGUCCGCUACCUCGCCUCCUGCGCCGCCGCCGCCGGCGACGAAGAACAGGGUAUCCGAUUGGUGGCGCUGCCCUUCGACUCCGCCGCCCACGGCUUGCCUCCGGAAACGGAGAACACCGAGGCCUUGCCCUUGCACCACAUGAUCACCCUCAUCCGCUCCACCCGCUCCCUCAAGGACCCAUUCCGCUGUCUCGUGGCGGACAUCACUGAGGCCGACGGCAAGCCUCCGCUCUGCAUAAUCUCCGACUUGUUCGUCGGGUGGGGGAGCGAGGUCGCCCGGUCCUGCGGGACGGUCAACGUUUCUUUCGCCACUGCCGGAGCUUACGGCUCCGCCGCUUACAACUCCUUCUGGCUGAACCUCCCCCACAUCUCCGCCACCGGAGAGGACGGCGAGUUCGCCAUCCCGGGGUUCCCGGAUUCCUGCCGCUUCAACCUCUCCCACCUCCACCCACACAUGAGAGCCGCGGACGGCAGAGACGCGUGGUCUCAGGUCUUCCAGCCAUUCAUCUCCGACAGCCUGGACUCCUUCGGAUGGCUCUGCAACACCGUCAAGGAAAUCGAACCGUUGGGUUCUGAAGCACUCGGAAGCUUCACGAAGCUUCCGGUUUGGUGCAUCGGCCCUUUCCUCCCUCCGGGAAUGCUUAAGGACGGGCCGUCCUCAGAUAUUCCCGGUAAACGGACGGCCGGGAAGGCUCACGGUCUGUCGCCGGAGAAAUGUAUAGAAUGGCUGGACAGGAAACCAGAACGCUCUGUUCUCUACAUUUCGUUCGGAUCUCAGAACAGUAUAUCUGCUUCACAGAUGAUGGAAUUGGCGUUGGGGUUGGAAGACAGCGGGAAGCCAUUCAUUUGGGCGAUACGGCCGCCGGUCGGAUUCGAUCCGAAAGGGGAAUUCAGGGCGGAAUGGCUGCCGGAGGGGUUCGAAGAGAGGGAACAGGGGCUGGUGAUCCACGGCUGGGCGCCGCAGCUGGAGAUCCUGUGGCACAGAUCGACGGGAGGGUUCUUGAGCCACUGCGGGUGGAAUUCGAGCCUGGAGAGCUUGAGCCAGGGGGUGCCGAUGAUCGGGUGGCCAAUGGCGGCGGAGCAGGCGUUCAAUUCGAAGAUGAUGGCGGAGGAAAUGGGGGUGUGCGUGGAGCUGACGAAGGGAGUCCGGAGCAAUCUGGAGAGGAGCGAUGUGAAGAGGGUGGUAGAUCUUGUGCUGGGGAGCAGGGAAAUGAGGGAGAAGGCGGGUCGGGUCAGGGAACUGAUCAGAGGAGCUGUGAAGGAAGAGGAAGAAGACGAUGAUGAAGAUCAAUCUGACGGCUGCAAAGGCUCUUCCCUCCAAGCCCUAGAUGAUUUCAUAUCCACCCUUCUCUCCAAAAGGGUAUAAAGGUCCAAAUUUGUGGUUUAAAAAAAGAGUAAUGCUAGGGGUACACCAAAAGGUGUACCCUAAAUGUACACCACCCUCUUUUCAUCCACACAUUUUUAUUUGAUUUUUAUUUACUUAUUUUUUUUGAAUUUUUUUGCCUUUUUUAAUGGACAAGGAGGGGAUGGGGGAUAUUUGGGGUACACCUUUGGUGUACCCCUAGAAAGGUGUACCCUAGCAUUUUUCUUUAAAAAAACCUUGUCUAAAUUAAUUCUUUAGAGUUAU